UAAUAUAGAUAGGUACAGAUAUAGAUUGAUAAAUUAACCAAAUACAAACUAAGCUAAAAAUAUUUUUGAAAAAAAAUAAAACAAAAAGCAGUUACUAUCACAUUUCAACUGUGACAGUGUACUUUGCAAUCGCCGGAAAAUUGCGCGAUGAUGACGGAAGCAAAUAGGCUACCGGCGGAAGAAAUCACAAACACGGCGACAUCUGUAACGGCAGUAGAGGAACUAUUGAAGUAUCGGUUCAAGAACACGAAGCUUCUAGAAGAAGCUCUAACUCACACUUCCUGUAAUUCUUCUUCAGCUUCUAAUAAUUACCAGCGGCUCGCUUUCGUCGGCGAUGCAGCUCUCGGCUUAGCCAUUUCCAGUUAUUUCUUCUCGGUUUACCCUGACGUCGACUGCGGUAAGCUCACUGACCUCCGCGCCGCCAACGUCAGCACCGAAAAGCUCGCUAGAGUCGCCGUCCGCCACGGUCUCUACAACUACCUCCGCCGCAAUUCACCGAUCCUCGAUGAAAAGGUGAAGGAAUUCGUGAUAACAGUGCAACAAGAGGCGGAGAUGGAGUUCUAUGGAGGAAUGAUGAAAGCGCCAAAAAUUCUUGCAGACAUUGUGGAGUCGGUCAUGGGGGCUGUAUAUGUGGAUUGUGGCUUCGAUGUGAAUGCUUUCUGGGUGAUCUUUAGAGGCCUACUUGAGCCUAUCAUCAUGCUGAAUAUGUUGAAAGAACAACCACAGCCUGUAACUAUGCUAUUUGGACUUUGCAAAAAGGAUGGAAAACAAGUUGAGGUAGAACAUCGGAAAGAGGGAGAUAAAAACAUUGCUAGCGUCUAUGUUGAUGGACAAUUUGUUGCAUCAGCUUCUUCUGAGCACAAAGAGAAUGCAAAGCUUCAAGUUGCAAAGGCUGCUCUUAAAGAGUUGUUCUAUGACCCUUAUGAUGAGAUGGAUGUUGAAUUUGUCCCAUCUCAGAAAAAAAAGACAAAUGUUGAAUUUGCUCCAUUUCAGAAAAUAAAGAUGGAUGUCGAAUUUGACCCAACAAAAGAGAGUGAAGGGGCAAAGCAGAAACUGAAUGAGCUUUGUGGAAGAAAGAAAUGGUCCAAACCAAGUUACAGAAUAGAGAAAGAGAUAGGUCCUGCUCACCAUAGGAGCUUUACAUGCUCUGUGCAAGUUUCAAUUGGUGAAAAUGUGUUUUCUGUGACGGGAGACGAGAAGUCACGAGUAAAAGAUGCAGAGAAUUCAGCAGCUUUAGCAAUGAUUCAGGGUUUGCAAGAAUCCGAGGUCAGUUAAUUAUACAUAUCCCAUGUUCCAUUUCUGGAUGAAGCAGACAGCACAAAGAGGAAUGUAUUCAGGUUCUAUGUCGAUGGUGGAGUAGUCAUCUUUGGUUGCUGCAAAGUGAAUAUAUAUUCAGGUUCUUUGUCGAUGGUGCAAUAAUCAUCUCUGGUUGCCGCAAAGUGAAUAUAUAUCCAGGUUCUUUGCCAAUGGUGCAAUAAUCAUCUUUGGUUGCCGCAAAGUGAAUGUAUAUAUAUCCAGGUUCUUUGCCGAUGGUGCAACACUCAUCUUUUGAUGCUGCAAAGUGAAUAUUGGUUGAAAUAUUGUCAUAAGUCUACUUGGAAAAUAUACAACAGUAGAGUGCGCAUCACUUAUUACGUGAUAAUGCAAAAGACAUCAGCACCUACCACAGCAGACUGAGCUCUGGCCAAUUCAGGUUAGAAAUUUAGCACGUAGUUUUGUGUACAUAUUAAAUACCUUAUAUGUACAUGAGCCCCGCUGUUGCCCAAGAAAUGCAGCAUACAUUCCUAUUUGCAGCAGGAUUACAUGACCUAUUAAGUGGACAAGUUUUCCCAUGUUAAUAUGAUUUGGUGCA